AUAUAUAAGAAAACAAAUAUCCUAAUCUGACACAAAACGUAAGACAUCAGAUCUCCGACGCCGUACAAGAACCAAAGCAGAAGACACUGUACUUACUUUCUGCGCCGCCUGACUUCAGUCCGAUUUCUGCAGGAUUCUUCUGGAUGGAGCCAGAUUGGGCAAGUUUACCUAAGCACCUUUUGGAUUCAGUUUUAGAGAAGUUGGUGUCACUAUCAGACUACUUGCGAUUCAGCAUUGUUUGUAAGUCAUGGUAUUAUGUAGCAAAAGAUAAUCAAAUCCAACGCGCUAAGAUGACAGCUCCAAUGCUCUUGAUCUGUGCUAACAAAAGACAUUCAUGGAACUUAUACAGCAUCGUGGAUGACAAGGUCUUUGAUUUUCAGCUAAGUGUGCCAAAUAAGCGAUAUUGUGGCUCUUCCUUUGGAUGGUUGAUAGCUGUUGAGAAGAAUUUUGCAAUAACCCUAAUCAAUCCGUUUCUUAGGGUUAAAGGUAGGAGGAAGAAAGAAAACUCAAUCAUUCGGCUUCCUUCAAUGCGGUUACCUCCAAGCAAUUCUGAAAGGCGUAGAUGGUCUAGACAAUGCAACCAUUAUGUUUUCAAGGCCACUAUGUCAGCAGACCCCAUAGCAGAUGCAGAGGAUUGUAUUGUGGUGGUCAUAUAUAGGGAAUUUUGUCAAAUGGCUUUCAUUAGGCUUGGUAAAGCCACAACGUGGACUUACAUUGAUACCGGUGUUGAUAGACUGGGGACCUUAAUUCAAGAAGUCACUAAUGUUGAAGAUAAAUUUUACGCUGUUGAUCAGAAGUUUCGGCUUUUAUCCUUUGGUGUCACUGCUGAGUCCAACCCAAAUGUAGAAGUGGUUGCAUGCAUGACCCGACGACCAGCUCUGAGCAAGAGAUAUCUCGUAUAUUCAAUCGAGAAAGAAUUAUUGAUGGUUAUUAGGUAUGUGGCAUAUGAUGGUGGAAAACGUUCGACGGUGGGAUUCUUGGUUUUCGAAUUGAAUUUUGACAAGCGUGAAUGGGUUGCCAAAGACAACUUAGGUGAUGAUGUUGCGCUCUUUGUGGGUGAUAGCGCUUCUGUAACUGUGCCGGCUUCAAAAUCAGGAUGUCUAUCAAAUUGCAUAUACUUUGUCCAUGAUAAUGAUCGUAAUGGAUAUGAUAUUGAUCGACGCUAUCAUUUAGAUUUUGGUGUUUACAAUGUCAAAAGUAAAAGCAUUUCACAACCUUACACCUCGCAUGCCAAGAGCCUCGUGGAAAUGACUGAUUAUGAACCAGUUUGGGUCAAACCAACUUUAAAUUUGUAACAAGAAAAGAAAAAAAGGGCUUCUUGUGGUUAAUAUCUGUUAUUCUUUUCAAAGUUAUUUUGUUUCUUUAAGGUAGUUUUUAUUUUUUUCAACAUGUAAUUCCGUCCUUUGAAUUCUAAAUUUGUUUCCCUAAUAAAUUGCUCUCCCUGAUCAAGAAUGAAAUUUUCGCAUA